GUCGUGACGGGUGGGCGGCGCGGCGGGACUGGUGACUCGGGGCAAGCGGGACGCGGAGGCGUUAGGCAGGCGCUGGCGCCCGGGGAGGGAGCGAGGGUGCAAACCUCACUGCUUUUUCGAAGGGACUGCUUUUUGUAAAUCAAAGUUUCUCUGUUACCGCGGGAGAGGCUCCGAGGUGGAAGGAGGAGGGCUGCGCCUCGGCGGCUCCCACUGGCCUCUUAGGUGCUCGCGCUCCCCAAUUGAAAAUUUUAGGACUUUUUCGUGUUUCUUCAGCAGGGGGCCGCCCCGCCUGUGGGGAGGAGGCUGCCGUGGGACAGGCGGCGUUAGGCAGGGGGCUUGGUAAUGUGAAGGACAGAUUGCCUGUUUCCCCAAAGUUUACUCCAAGCUGACUUCUCACUGCAAAUGGACAGUUUGUCAAAGAUGAGGCUAGGUGGAGCAGCUUCUUGCUAUCUCAACUAUGGAAGGCCAACUUUGUGCUAACUUGGAGAUUUCUGUGAAAAAACCUGCAGGAGCAAGUCCUCCCUCCUUCAUUGCUUUGUUGAAGGUAUACCGAGAACUUCUGGUCAGUAGAAUCCGAAACACACAGUGUUUGAUUGACAACUUGAUUAAGAACGACUACUUCUCCACUGAAGACGCAGAGAUUGUUGUCCAGUUUCCAACACAAGCAGAUAAGGUUCGCAAAAUUCUAGACCUGGUUCAGAGCAAGGGAGAAGAAGUCUCAGAGUAUUUCAUCUGUGUCCUGCAGAAAGUCACUGAUGCUUACUAUGAACUUCAGCCUUGGCUGGAUGAAAUAGGUUACAAGCCUUCAGAGAAUAUUUGUAGUAAACCUGUGGUAAAUACAGAUCCAGUUAGCAGGUAUCGCCAGAAACUCAGACAUGAAUUGGGACGGGACUCUAAGUUUGUUAUGUCAUAUGCUCAGAGGGAAGAGAUGCUGCUUGAAGAAAUCUACUCUAACAGUAUUAUGGAGCUGGUCAGUUUUACUAAUGAGAGUCUAGGCAAAGUGUCUCAAUUAGAAGCCCUUUUUGAUGAUGCAGUUGGGCUAAUUAAUGAAGAUGGAGAGACUAUUUAUGUCUUUGGCGAUGCGGGAAUUGGAAAAUCCAUCCUGUUGCAAAAGAUACAAAGCCUUUGGGCCAGAAAAGAAUUGGACAUAGGGGCCAAAUUUUUCUUCCGUUUCAGAUGCAGGAUGUUUAGUUGCUUUAAGGAAGAUGAAGCCAUAUGUUUGAAAGACCUACUCUUCAAAUAUAAUUGCUACCCAGACCAGGACCCCACCGAAGUGUUCCAUCACAUACUGCAAUUCCCUCAUACAGUUCUUUUCACAUUUGAUGGCUUUGAUGAAAUCUAUUCCAACUUUGAUCUCAGUAGUGUUCCUGAGAUGUGUUCACCCAAUGAACCCAUCCACCCCCUAGUGCUGCUGAUAAGCCUUCUCAGAGGAAAGCUGCUUAAGGGAUCCAAGAAAAUUCUUACGGCAAGGACAGGAACUGAGAUCCAAAGAAACAUCAUUAGAAAGAAAGUGUUGCUCCGUGGUUUCUCCAGCAAUAACCUGAAGGAAUACGCUGCCAUUUUUUUCAAAGAUGAGGGGCAGCGAACACUGGUAUUGAACCAGUUGGAAGCUAACCCCAAUCUCUGCAGUUUGUGUUCAGUGCCUUUAUUUUGCUGGAUUAUCUUUAAAUGCUAUGAACACUUCCAUUCCGUGUUUGACAGCCACGAGCUUCCAGACUGUUCUGUUACAUUGACAGAUGUGUUUUUACUCAUGAUUGAAGUCCAUCUGAACCGAUCUCUGAAAACAAGUUUGCUGAGGAACAACACCAGAAGCCAAGCAGAGAUGUUCAAAUCAAGAAAGGAAACUCUUCUAGCUUUGGGUAAAAUGGCAUACAAAGGGAUGGAGAACUCUUUCUUUGUCUUCGAGCAGGAGGAGGUCUCAUCAGCAAACAUCUCUGAAGAAGAUUUGCAAUUGGGCUUUCUCAGGACAGUUAAAGGUUACAGUGGCUGUGAUGAUCAGUCCACUUACGAGUUCUUGCACUUAACUCUUCAGUCUUUUUUCACAGCUUUGUUCCUGGUUAUUGAAGAGAAAGUGGGUGCCAAGGAGUUACUUCAGUUUUUCAAUGAAUGUUCUUCCACUGAGACUGCCCAGCCUACUUGCCUCCGUAUUCCUUGGUUGAAGAAACAGCUAGCAGCGGAGGAUCCUUUCCGAAAUAAUGAGCACUUUCAUUUUACCAACCUGUUUCUUUGUGGCCUGCUUUCUAGAUCCAAGCAGAAGCUCUUCAGACAUUUAGUUUUGCCUGCAGUCAUUAAAAAAAAGAGAAAGACCCUCAUGACAUACCUUGGGGAGAGCAUGAAAUCUCACCUGAAAGGCAUCUCUCGGUCCAGGCUUGCAAAGUACAAUCAGAUCCAGGUCCAGCCCAACUUUGUUUGGAUGCUCAGGUGCCUUUACGAGACUCAGAGCGAGAAAGUGGGGAAGUUGGCUGCCAAACGCAUGCAUGCCAAUUACAUCAAGCUCACAUACUGCAAUGCCUACUCUGCUGACUGCAGUGCUAUUUCCUUUGUUGUGAAUCACUUUCAAAAGCACCUGGCUCUGGAUUUGGACAACAACAACAUCAAUGACUAUGGAGUCAAACAGUUGCUACCGUGCUUCAGCAAGCUUGCAGUGAUCAGGCUCAGUGUAAAUCAGGUCACAGAUCAUGGAGUAAGGAUCUUGUACGAAGAACUCUCCAAGUACCAAAUUGUGACUUUCUUGGGCUUAUACAACAAUCAAAUCACUGAUGUUGGAGCCAAGUAUGUUGCAAAACUAAUUGAAGAGUGCUCAAGCCUUGAAUACGUUAAAAUAGGAGCAAACAAAAUAACGAGUGAAGGAGGGAAGUGCCUUGCCCAGGCCAUCCAGAAGAGCAAGACAAUGUUUGAAAUUGGGAUGUGGGGUAAUCAAGUUGGAGACGAAGGAGCAAAGGCAUUUGCAGAGGCCCUGAGGAACCACCCCAGGUUAACAAACGUGAGUCUGGCACUCAAUGGCAUCACGACAGAGGGAGGCAAAAGUAUUGCUGAAGCUAUGCAACACAACAACUCCGUGAAAAUAUUCUGGUUGACUAAAAAUGAGCUGGAUGAUGAGGCAGCAAUGAGUUUUGCAGAGAUGCUGAAGGUCAACAAGAAACUGGUGCAUUUAUGGCUUAUCCAGAAUCAAAUUACAGCCAAAGGGGUGAAGUACCUCAGCGAAGCUCUCAAGGAGAACACAGCUAUUAAAGAAGUCUGUUUGAACGGGAACCUGAUAAGCCAAGAGGAGGCCAAAGCUUUUGAAAAUGAAGAACGAAUCAUUUGCUUCUGAACGAGGACUUGCCCAUUUUGACAAGCUUCCUGUUACAAAGGUUACUCCUACACCUGGACUGCAGAGUUUAUAAAGGCAUAUAUCUGCAACGCUUGUGGCAGCCAUCGUGUAUCUCUCUUCUGCCUUUUUAUGAACAUGCUGCGCUCCCUUGGCUCCGUCCCUUACCCUGCCUGUUACUCUUAAUCCUUUUGGUGAGUGGGAAGUUGCAUGGGUAAAUAAUUAAUGUUUGUGUGAUGCUUUGAAGAUGAAAUGCAGAGUGUUAGCAGACCAAAUCCACUGGCAUUUUGACAACUGAGUUUAGAUUUAUUCUGUACACUGAUGUAAAUAAUCUCUAACUUAUUUAUAUACAGAAAUAUACACACAGACAUAUAUAUAUAUAUAUAUAUGUAAGAAAGGUUGCAAGAUGCACAAACUCCCAGAACUCACAGUAUUAUCUGCUGCAUAACUGAAAAUGAACAUAUGUAGCUUUACUGGAAACAUAAUCCAUCUAUAAUAGUUGCACGGUACCGAUGUUUUCAACAUGAAUACCUUUCUCCUGCCUAGAACUUAGGCCCUUAUUUCUCCACUGACUAGAGGCAGCGUCAUAGACACUGGGUUUGGGGGGUUUUGGUUAGUUGGUUUUUCUGAGACAUGGGUACCUCAGGCUCAGGUUACUUUCAAUAAUCUUUUUUUCCAUACUGAAGCCAAUACAUUUUCUUUUAUACAACCAGAAGUCCUUACUGCCAUCACUGUAAAAGCAUAAAACUGGCAGUAAAACACUUUUGCUUAAAAUUUCCCGAGGGCUGCACAGAAACUGCCACCUCCUGUUUUCACAGUGUUUGUUCUGGGGAGGGGGGCUGGAGAUAAAUGUAAAAUAUUAAUUAGCAGGCUGUUCAGUGCCUUGGCUCUUGGCCUAGACACCGUGCUGGUGGCAAUACACUGAGUUGCCUAGCUUCAGUGGGGAGAAGGGAUGAUUGAAAAUCAAUUGUGUCACAUAGAAAUCCCUUCUCCCAGCAACAUGCAAGCACAGAAAAUGAUUGAGAUUUGCUUGGAAAGCUUUUAUUCUGUGCCUGAACUUCACAUGCUCUUAAAAGAAACCAGUUUGCAAAAGAGUGGGCUAUUUGAUUUUUUGUGUGUGUGUGUGUGCACAGAAAUUGGGCAUGCUUUACACAGGUAAACUCAAACUCUACCCCACAGUGUGUACAAGGAAACUAAAAUGGAAAUGCAUGAUCCAUUUUCCUUCCUUCUCCCAUGUUACCACUCCCCAAAAUGCUGAGAAACAAUUCUCCAGUUGCUGACUGGCCCACAACACCUUGGGAGGCUGGAAGAAGAAUCUCCAGUUAAAACACCAAACCAAUGAUCCUUCACCUUCCCAUCUCCCAGAUCUGCCCCAUAAAGCAAAACAUGGAUGAAGGCUUGCUUCGUAGGUCAGCACCUCUCUAUUUCCUACGUGGUAGCAGACCUUUCCAAGUCCCCAAUUCUGUCUACUCCCUUAACACAGUUUAAAAUACUCAUAAAGCUUUUUACAAAACCCACAGUUUAAAAAAAAAAAAAAAAAAAAAGAAAGAAAAAGAGGAGAAAAACAACUCAGUGUUCAUCAUUUGUCAGUGUUUUUUCCUCCCUGUCCAUGGUAUCAGCGCUGAUAUUUCACAGGGAGGGAGGUGAGGCUUUUAGACCGUGCCAGAGGAAAGUCAGCUAACUUGAAUGAUUUCUGCACUUGAGCCAUUGGUUUGCUGAAGCAGAAGGGCACACCGUUACAGAUGAGCUGGAUAUCAGUUGCGAAAAACAUCUGCCAAAGCAAGGCCUUUAAAUACAUCUCAGCGACUUUAACAAAUCAGACACCCGUGCACCUUGUCAAAAGGUUGUUCCUGUUUUUGCCAGCCUGCCCUUCACCAGAGGUGUCUUUUGCCUAUGCUGGAGGGAGGUGUGCGCCCAGUUUGCUGUAAUUACCAAAUUAUUUGCUUAUUUCCCAGAUAGAAAUUAUAGUUAAAACCUCCAGCUCCAGUCCUAAUUUCAGGGAUAGGCUAAAGCAGUACAACGUGUCCCCGACAGCUCCCUCCAAGCUUCCCAGUGCAGACACGUCAGCCCCUUUUUUAGUUUAGAGCAGCCUUUGGAGCUAUUCGUAGCGUGACGACAGCCUCAACCCUGUUGCAAAUCCCGUUAUGUGCCCGGCUGUUAGAAGCCAGGCAUCCAGGGCAGUGUUUUCAGGGACAGGAGCAUCUGCAGGGCUGCAGCAGCUAAACACAGCCUUGGAGUCAGCAGUGUCAGGAUCAAGCCCGGCUCCACAUAGGACAGAGUUUGGCACCAGUGAUGGUGCCAGUGACCAUGCCAGUCACAGCCACUCAUUUCAGAGGUGAUCCUGGGAUGCGAGUGCUUGUUAGGGUGGGGCUGAAGGUCUGAGCACAGCUCAGGCUGGCUUUGACAAGACUGAGUGGUUUCACAGCAUCCCGCUCCCAGCUUGCCCAGGGCAGAGGGUCUGCUUCAGGCAGGCACACCACCGCUUCAGGAAGCGUGCUGGGGAAAGGGGUUGCUGCUCUGGGAGUAGCUGGAGUUUCCUUGGUUAUUGGCAGAGCGUUUCAGGCCGCAGUUCUUUAUUCGUGGGCUUACUGGACUAUAUGUAGAGCACAUCACAGCAGCACCUUUGCAGCUUGCAGCAAGAGCCUUGUUUACUCAAAUUCAGAGACAAUUGUACCUUUUUUAAAGACUUGUUUGUAAUUUGCUAAGGCGUUCUCUGUAAGCAGCGUUAUGGUUUUUUCCACUUGUUCACUGUGAUAAUAAACAGCUUUUUAAAGAA